CGGUGAUUUUUCAAAAUGGCGGCGCCCAUGUAGCUGACCUGUCAAAACGUUGCCUUAAGCAACAGGAAACUAAGGGGAAAGGUUUAUUUGCAAAACAAACAUAUUCACUGAGAAGGUGAUUCUAUCUUCUUCAAAAUCAUAUGCCACAACUGUUGUGUCAUUGGAAAAUCAUGCCUAAUUAAUUGUCUCAAGUCUUGGCUGUCAGAAAAGGUUUUAAGAUGAAUCUAUAAUCCUCAUUGUGGUCCAUAAUCUUCACAAUGAAUCUGAACCUUCUUCGGAGGAAAUACAGGAUUUUAUUUCUUAUUGGUGUCACUGGAGGAAUAUAUCUGUGCUUCCAGAUUUUUUCCAUGAAAGUCCUUAAUUUAGCGGGACAACGUGAAUCCAGAUCUCAGGCACUGCGUUCGGGAAAAGUAUUUGAUGAUUUUCCUGAUGUUGUUGAUUCUCAAGUUGUUGAACGGCCAGUGGAUUAUGGUCAAGUGGAAAGUAAAAAUGAUCUCAAUAAAGAUAAAGGUAUUGUUCAACGAAAUCCAGACACUCAAAGUGAACACUUUAAGCUAGUAUUAGGAACAUUAGUGUCAAUGUCAGAGGAUUACAAGCCUGUUGAUGGAAUGUUCAGGUGUUUACAAUCAAAGGAGCUGUUUCCCUACUCUGCUGUAAAUGAUGAUUAUUGUGAUUGUUCAGACUCUACCGAUGAACCAGGCACUUCCGCCUGUCCACAUUCCAAAUUUUACUGUACAUUCCAACCCCCAGACAUGUCUGUUAUGUAUUUGCCGGGUUCACGGGUCAAUGAUGGGGUCUGUGACUGCUGUGAUGGUUCUGAUGAAUGGGGCGGAGUCAAAGUCUCCUCAGGGGUCCACUUUACGGGGAAGAAGUUUUCAGGCACACUCAAACAUACUCCUUGUAACAACACUUGCAACAAUGUAAUGGAAUUGAGUAAGGAAGAUGCCAAGAUUCGUGCCCUCGGGAAGAAAAUAAAACAAAUGUACUUGGAGGCGGGGCGGAGUAUAAAUAACCCUGAGCUGUACGGACCAGGCAGUGUGUUUUUCAAGCUGUCCCAGGCUUGCUAUGAGUUUGACAUGGAGGAGUAUAAGUAUAAACUGUGUCCAUUCCGCUCAGCCACACAGCAGAAGCAUCAUGCAACUGGAACAAAUAUAGGAUCUCACCCUGUGUGGAGGGCUCGUCUGCCAGGGCAUUAUGAACUCAAGAUGGACCGUGGAGAUGCCAGCAGGUGCCCCUUAGGACAGACCAGAAACACUGUGAUACUAUUUAUUUGUGGAUUAACGGACAAGAUAGUGGAAGUGACAGAGAAUGAACGAUGUGCAUAUCACAUGAGAUUUGCUACACCAGCUGCAUGUUGACAGGGGAUAAACAGUGUGUACUUUAGACACCAGCUGCAUGUUGGCAGGGAAUGAACAUCAUUUAUCACAAUUGAAGAAAGAAAGUUUGGUUUUGCAACAACCUUAUAUUUUUUUCAUAAUGACAUGAAGUGAGCUACACUUUUGGAAGUUGUGGAAGGUCAACUUGAGUUUGAAAUCAUGAUUGUAAGUGAGUUGUCUGAAACAACGGCAAUUUUGCUUUAUAUAGAGUCUAAUAACAACUUCAAACACCUACAUGUGGUUUGGAGUGUUUCUGCCUUUUUCCUUUGAAAUUACUUUUUAAAUAGCUGAGAUAGCUGAGGUGUUCCAAUUGUCACAAGAGAUUAAAUAUGUUCCACACGGGGAAGGGAAAGCUGUAGAAUUAUAUGUAGCAUGGUGAGAGAAGCCUCUGUUGUAUGUGAGGAUGGCACGAGGGAUACCACAGUUGAAUGUAUAUGCAUCUUAACAUAAGGAUAUGAAGGAGGUACACCAUGUUAAAUAAAAAAUUCAAAUUACCGCAAGAGAAUAUCAACAACUGCAUGAUAGCGCGAAGAAAAUAAUACAUACAGAAUUGUAAUAUCAGUUUUCAAAUACUUUUGGAACUUGACGUUAGAAGGAUACAGAUUCUGCUUCAGGUCAAAAUUUGAAAUUUAUUGUAUAAUUUACAUUUGUGUGUGUUCACUUUGCAUAUUUUCACAUCACUUGUUAUGUUAAUUUAAUCCUGAUUGUUAGCAAAAUAACAAUACAUAAUAUACAAAGCUUAAUUGAUUAUGUCUUUUCUCUUAAACAUGCCAUUGUUACAGGUUGUGAUUCUGUAGAAUUUCAAUAUGUAUAAUGUAUUAUGAUAUUUGUACAUGUAAUAUCAAUGUGUGCGUUAUGAUGUGUCAUAAUUCGUGCGAUUUUUGUUAUAAAUGUUUUAAAACCAUUCAGGCUCCAAAUAGGCCCACACAUUCAAAGUGAACCAUUAACUAUGUUGGUGUAUGAACCAUAGUUUGUCACGUGUUUUCUUGUGACAAGCACUUGCUCAAUCAUUGCUAUGACCAUGUAUAAUGUUGCUGGUUCUUUGUUUUUGCAUUUAAGUGUACUGUUAAUGUCAGUUCAAACUGUCAUUUAAAAGGGAAAUAGAUUUGUAAAAGAUA